AUGGGUGAAGUAAUUCCAUCUCUCCAGAGGCCUGGCAAUCAGAUUAUCUCCUGCAAGGCUGUCUUGAGCUUGAUACCAUGGCUAACCCACAAGGAUGUUCGCGCUCCCGAGUUCCGUUGGAAUCUUGCUGGUGGGUUUGUGGCUCUCACCUUUGUGCUCUCUUUCUCUUCCAGGAGUAUCUUACCUUUGAGUAACUGCCCGCAAGUACCGUGCUGCAGGCACAUUGUUCCAGGGCCUCUGUGGUGCUCCGAUGCCCCUCACCCACUGUCGAAGAUCCCCGGUGGGCGAGGGGUUGGCAGGGAUCCUUCUCUUUCAGCUUUGAUAUAUAAGGAUGAGAAGCUCACUGUUAACCAAGAUCUUCCAGUGCAUGAUGGGAAACCACAUAUUGUCCACUUCCAGUACAAAGUUACGGAAGUAAAGGUCUCCUCUUGGGAUGCAGUGCUAUCCAAUCAGAGUCUUUUUGUGGAAAUCCCUGAUGGCUUAUUAGCUGACGGGAGCAAAGAAGGGUAAGGCG